AUGAACAAGCUGCGUUUGUUCCUGGGCAUGGUGCUCGCCGUCACCAUUGCCGCAAGCUCUCAGGAGCUACGCAUUGCUGUCGGAAUCUUCUUCUCAUGGGCCCUAGGCCAUGUCCUUUUACGUCGAUUCGCCUUCCCGGCCGGCUUUGGAAAAGCCCACAACAUCUACAUCUUCGUCACUUUCUGGCUGCUUGCGGCCUUCAACAACCCCUUCUACGAGAACACAUCUGGUCGCCUGCUGGACAUCUUCACACGCGACAGGUUCGACCCAGACGUGCCUGGGUCGGGCUUCACCGACUGGCACGAGACAUACCGCCGCCGCCACGAGGAGGUCGAUUCCCUCUUGGCCACCAUCUUUUGGACUCUGUCCUUGGCCUUUUUGGCGCUUUUCGUUUCGCUAUGGCGUUGGGUGGACGACACCUACACGAAAUCCACCCAGUUGUCGCGCACCAUCACCUACCUGUGCGAGCACGGAGUACCUCCUCCGCUGCCACACAAGCAGCCCGAGGUCUCGGUAUCCAAGAGGGAUACGAGGUACAACUAA